GAUGAAUAUAUUAAUCAAACGACAAAUACGAGGAUUUGUAUAUGGUUGUCUCCCUAUUUUCCAAUUUGCGCUUUCAGAAAUCAACAUUUUCGGAUACCACCAUUAUCCACCAUCCUUAUCGCCGACCAUCAACCAUCAUCCAAUCUCCGAUGAGCCUAAAGCUGCUCCCCCUUCACGCCACUCUCUUCAACUCCCAGACGCCGACGCCAAGGACUGCUGCCGUUUUGCCUGGAACAGGGAGAAGGUCAACUGCUAGGCUUCACAAGGCCAAGGCAACCUCAUCAUCAUUUCCUACCCCAGAUAGGGAUAAUCGGGAUAGGGGCAAUUGUGAUGGGGAUCGUAUCGAGGAGAAAGCAUCCUCUUCGUCCUCAGCUGACUCGUGGUUCCCGUCGAGGAGUCAGACGUAUGCCCUGCUAAAACAACAGUUGGCUGUCGCCGCCAAAUCCGAGGACUAUGAGGAAGCAGCUAGAAUCAGGGAUUCCUUGAAAUCAUUUGAGGAGGAAGAGCCGCUAUUGCACCUUCGAAAAAUGCUGAGGAAGGCUAUUCAGGAAGAGAGAUUUGAGGAUGCAGCAAAAUACAGGGACGAGUUAAAGAGUUUAUCUCCACACUCCCUCCUUACAUGUUCAAGUGACACAACAACUUUGGGUAUACGAGUACAAGUCAGGAGUCUGUAUAUUGAGAGCCGAAGCCAUCCAUCUAAAGGGCAAUUCUUUUUUGCCUAUAGAAUACGAAUUACCAAUAAUUCUCAGUACCCUGUUCAACUUCUAAGAAGGCAUUGGAUCAUUACUGAUGCUAACGGCCGAACUGAGAAUUUUUGGGGAGUUGGUGUAAUUGGUGAGCAACCUGUCAUACUUCCUCGAACUGGAUUUGAGUAUUCCUCUGCUUGUCCACUAAGCACCCCAACUGGGAGAAUGGAGGGUGAAUACGAAAUGAAGCACAUUGAUAAGUUGGGUUCGCCUACCUUCAAUGUUGUGAUAGCCGCAUUCUCCCUGUCCAUGAUGGGGGAUGACACUGAUGGGCCGUUGUAGUCUAGAACAUCAGUCUGGUCAUACUUUGUUCACUUAGCCACACAGUGAAAAAACAAAAAAAAAACUGCAAGAGAAGAUUUCUUGAAUUUGUAAGUGAUAAAAUUGGUUGGUUAUUGGUUUGUGCAUGCAAGUCAUGUUAGGAAGAAUUUGGUUCAAUUAUGUCCGAUUUGCAAUUUACAAGUACUAAAGGUCAACCACUCUCCUCCCCCAUGUGAAAAAGAAGAUUUGGAUUCUUAAAUUUUACAUAUAUUUAUGUG